GUCGGCACUAGUCAGUCGCCUGCGCAACGCAUGACCAUUACGCAGUUAGCCUUCCGCAGCUAGCGCGCCCGGGCGUCUUGCAAGGCGCGUUCGAUCCAUUGUUUACAUCCUUUGUGCACCGCGAUGGAAACUCCGCGAUUUAACUUUUAAGUGUGUGAAAACAAACAUGGCAAGCGAACGAUCUGACUCGCAGUCAGCGUCCUCUUCGAUCAGUGAGGAUUCCCUCAAUAUAUCUUUUGAGGAUAUCAACUACACUGUCCGAACAGGAGUUCUGGCGGGAGGCCGCAAGACAAUAUUGCAAAAUGUGUGCGGUACAUUCAACGCAGGCGAGUUGACAGUUAUCAUGGGACAGUCCGGAGCGGGAAAAAGCACUCUCAUGGACAUCUUGGCCGGUUAUACGAAACCCACAAGGGGCCAAAUAUUCGUAAACGGGCGCAUCAGAAACGAGAACACGUUCAGACGACGAUCGUGUUACAUAUUACAAGACGAUAGAGUUCAAGAUAUGUUGACAAUUCAAGAGUCACUGAACAUAGCAGCUGAACUAAAACUAGGGAACCACAUUAGUAGUGAGCAGAAACGGAAACGGGUAAAUGAAAUCAUCGUGUCACUUGGUUUAAUGAGAGUACGUAACACAAGAGCAGGUGAUUUGUCAGGCGGUCAGAAAAAACGACUUGCUAUAGGCUUAGAGCUGAUCAGUGACCCGCCUGUCAUGUUCCUUGAUGAGCCUACAAGCGGCCUGGACAGUUCGAUAUCGAAGCAUCUAGUAUAUUUACUUCACCUUUUAGCGCGACAAGGAAGGACGUUGGUUGUGACCAUGCACCAGCCGUCUGCAGGACUGCUGCAGAUGGUAGACCGAAUGUACGCAAUGGUGGCAGGCAGGUGCGCGUACAUGGGUUCAGUGCCACAUCUGUUAACAUACUUAAGUCGAAAUGAUUUGAUGUGCCCACCGUAUCACAGUCCUGUAGACUUUCUCAUCGAAAUAUGUUUGGACAAUGCGGAAAAGCUUGUCAAAUGUUCACAAAAUGGAAGAAGUACAGAUUGGAUUACAAACGUAUCUGUUGAGACUGAUAGUAAUUUAAUAAGACAAAAUUCUAAUGUAAGUGCUUUUGACGACGUGUUCCUAACAUCUUUACCGACUCCUAGAGAAGACCAGACACGUAAGAUCCUGCUUAAACUAAAGAGUUCUUACUCCACAUCGUUUUGGAAGCAGUUCGUUACGCUCACGCGAAGAUCUCUUUUGACAAUAUGGCGGAGUCCCUGGUUUACUAUAAUGAUUACUGGGAUCCACUGCUCUAUGGCAUUAUUUAUCGGAUUCCUUUUCUACAACAUCGGAGAAGAUGCCAAAUACGUCAGAGACAACUUUAACUUUUUAUACUUUAGUCUUAUGUUCCUCAUGUUCACAGCAUUUAGCGCCGUUACAAUAACUUUCCCAGAACAAAUUCCUGUAGUCCGGCGGGAACAUUUCAACCGUUGGUACACCACGGGAGCGUACUACGCGUCGACGUUAGUGUCAACCCUCCCCACACAGACAGUGUGCACGCUAGCGUACGCUUGUAUAGUGUACUGGAUGACGGGACAACCGCCAGAGAUCGUCAGGUUUAUCACGUUCUGCGUGACAUUGAUACUAGUCUCAUACGUCGCUCUCUGCGUCGGCUUACUCAAUGGAUCGAUGUUUAAUGUUAAAAAUGGUGUAGUAUUUGGGCCUUUCUUCAUAAUGCCGUUCACAAUAUUCUCCGGGUUCUUCCUUCGCUACUGCGACGCACCAUUUUUCGUUCGCUGGAUGUUCCACAUAUCAUUUCUAAAGCACGGUCUCGUCGGGCUCGUUCUAGCGAUAUUCGGCAUGGACCGCCCCAACCUCCUCUGUUCACAACUCUAUUGUCACUACAAGUACCCCAAGCAAUUCUUACUAGAGAGUGACAUGUUAGACGAAAAAUAUGCCAUAGUCAUUAUAGCAUUGUUCGCUAUAAGUUUUGUUGUAAUGACGCUGUCGUAUAUAAUUUUGAGAAUUAGACUAAAAUGUAAAUGGUGAUGUGAUAUUAUGUUAGCAUUAAUUUUAUGGACAGAUUUAUUAUUGUGACAGUGACAUAUGUUAGAUAAGAAGUGAAUAUGAGUUAAUGGGUAGGUGAAUUCGCAUUUCUCUUUACAGUAAAUAGUACAAUGUUAAGAAAGUGGGCCAGUAAGAGUUCAGAAUGAAUGUAUGUCAUAAAAUAUGGAAUGACGAAGUGUUGUUUUCGAUUAUCGACCAUUAUCACAGGGCCUAAUCAACCCCUUCCUCCUCCUAAUCCCUUCUCAAUGGUCGACAUCGAUUCCAUAAUUCUGGAAAUUUGAUUAUUUAUAAGCAAUAACUCGACAUUAAAUAUUUGCCUGGAAAUAUUGCCUACAAAAUGUUUUAACGAUUACAAACAGUUCCAAACAUAAGUAAAGUUAGCUCUCUUCAAUAUUUUUUUUAUUAUAGUAUUCUGAUAGCCCAGCAUACAUAGACUGGUAUGUCGUAACUGCCAUAUAGGUAUAAUAUUUUGUACACGGUCCAAAACAUAGCUACAUGUAAAGUUUAUUUAAAGAGAAAAGGUAUUCUCAUUUAACAUUUUCUGUGAUUACCUCUAUGUUUAAUAGAAAAAUGUAGAAUAAUUUUGCAUAUAAGUAAACUCACUUUGUUUACAGUAAUUAUUUAAAUAUGUUUGUAUUCUGUAGAAGAGCAAAUAUUGCGUUAUAUUUUAAAGUUAUUGCAUUAUAAACAAUGAGUAUUGCAAUAUUAUGCUGCCUGAUUAUUGCGUGCUUAUGCACUCAUACUUGUAAGAAAAGGAAAAUGAACAACGAUUAUUUUCCAUAAAAAAUAUUAUUACAUUCCAAAAAACUCAGGAAUAAUAAUAGUGAAUUAUCUUAAUCAGUUAAGGCUCUCCUCCAAGCAAAACGGCGCGGUAACCGCACCGAUUUUCGAAGCUAUUUAUUUAAAAUUAAUUAUACAUACAGAGACAAAAUUAAACAUCGUAUUUCUGUAAUAUUUUAUGUUUACUUCGGUUGUUUCAAGUUCCUUAUACCGUGGUGUAUGGUUAACACAUAAUGAUAAUGUCAAUAAAAUUGUUGAUGCUGUGCAUCGCUUUCUAAAGGAGGUACAUAUUAUUGUAAUUUGUAACCAACACUAUUAGAUAGACAAUUUUAUAUUUACAACAAUACUUUGGUGUUUACAAAUUUUUAAAAACACCAAAUUUUUUUUUUUUUUCAUAAAAUAAUCUGUAUACUUAACACGUGCGCCGGAAUAUAUAGAACGAAAACUAAAAGUCGUUUGCUCUAGGGAGGGUCUUAACCACAUCACAAAUAUUAACACCGUUUAAAGAACAUAAAAGAAAUUUCACAAAUUAUUCUACUAUUAAAUAAGUAUGAAAUCUUUAAUAUCAUCAUUAUUGAUACUCAGUUCUUCAGAACUUGAUUAGUUUGUAUCAAUUUAGGAAUAAAUGUUUUUACAUUUUA